AUGCCCUUUCGCCUAAUCAUAGGUCUAGGCUUCGGAUGCGUAUACAUCUCUACCAACCUCUCUGUCGCGGAGUGUGCACCCACCAAGCUCCGCGGUAGUUUCGUUGGAACAGUAUCCCAAUUCGGCUACCAGCUGGGUACCCUGAUCGCCUUCUGGUCCGGCUAUGGAAUUGUCCUUCCACAAGUUGCCCUACAACAUCGCUUGGCGCGUCUCCAAUAUAAUGGGGGUCCGGAUCCUGCCGCGGCUGGGGAAUCUGAAGGAACUUCUGACCAACGUGAAGCCAUGGCCAUAAUGGACGAAGGAUAA